AUGACCGUUCAGCUACGUAUCAGCAGUUCAAAAGAACAACGACCUACCAUCUACAGAGGCAACACACGGCGUCUGCUACGUCUCAGCGAUGUACCAGACUCACCCGCGUCAUCUGGAGCUGCUUGUGAGGCUGUCGAGUCGGAUGGGCGAGCGUGCUGGGUCGCGCUCAAAGAGAGCGCGGGCGACAUUUGGUGUUAUCAACACCAUGACGAGUGGAGGCAGUUGAACAUACGUUGGGCCAAGAUCCAUACGGAUGCGGAAAGAAUGGCAGUGACAGGAUUGGAUGCUGGAAAACAAAAGAUUAUGAAGCUGCGCCAGUCUGUGGAUCUCAGACGAGAAAUCCAGGAGCGAUUCUACCCCCGCGGUGGUGAUAUCCAGGACUACAUCAAGUGGAUCAACAAGAUGGAAAAUGACGUGAGGCAACUAGCAGACUCUUUGUUGAUGGCGAACCUCAACCGCCGCCCAACCCCAGAGACCCCAGGUAUCCAUACCCCUUCACCUCAUCCAAACAGCAAAAAUCAUGGAGAGAAGAUCAUGAUUCUGCGCUCGCCACUAGACCCCCGGAUACCAAUCAACUCGCUAGACGGCUUACCUGACGAUGGGACUAUUCUUGUGCUAAAACACUUUUAUCAAGACCUCUGCGCUGAUAGUAUUCGUCGGCUGUACGCCAUCGUUCCUGAUUUAGACGACUCAAACAACUACCCCAACUCACCUGGGCCGGAUGAUGAUAUUCUAUUCGACGCUGGCACAGAGAUAAUCCGGGCCUGGUUCCGCAUCAUGGUCUUGAACGACAGUGAAGCUGGAACCUUGGAGCAUGCAACAAGGUCCAAGAGCAUCAGUGAGUUUCUUAUGGGCUGUCAAGCUAGCCAGAUUGAGAUGUACUGUGAUUUCUUCGAAAAGGCAUGGCGUCCACAUGCGGUUCAGUAUCUUCGUGUAGCGAUUUGUGCACAAACACUGGCAGGGGGUGACAUCAAGACAAUCCGGCUACUUGGUGGUACAAUACCAAGUACCACUGAGGGUCUGAGAAUGGCCAAGCCUUGUUGGGACAUUCUCUAUCGGUGGUUCCCCACAUUGCUCACUCCAUGGACCAUCGCUAGCAUAUGCUCCAACUUUGAAGAUUACACAACCAUAUGCAAACUCCUCAUGCUGAAGUUAUACAAUGACUAUUGGUAUGACCCAAAUAGCAUAUUAGGUGAAUGCGCCACUGGUGUGUAUAUGGGUUUCAUACCUAUGAACAAAGGAGACUUUACGUCAAGCACGGGGCUGAAGCAAGAAGACAAUGUCUGGGUUCAAUGUCAAUCGCGCAACUAUCUGUGUGGGCAAAUGGCGAUAGGGCAUCCUAUGACUAAGGCAUUUCUGGACGAACUUCGCAAACGAACCGCCUCUUUGUAUCUUGUUGUGUAUGAGGGCACUCAUGCCGACGCGACUGUUCACCCGACUGAGCCGGAUUUGUUCAUCAGCCGACACCGCACAGCCGCCAACUUGGAUGAGCUGGACUUAGCCGAUUUCACCACAACUCUUACCCUUGAAGACAUCAAGAACGAGUUGCGCAUGCGGAAGAAUUCUAUGUAUGACCCUAUCGUGGUUGACUCUUGGCAGUUCAUCAUCAUUGAUCGGGAGGUUGGAUUACCAUUUCGACUGACAGACAUCGUGCAGGAUACGCUGUUGAUGCUUGUCGGAGACCCUUCACCUCGACAGAUGGCCAAGCGCGUCAUCCGUGAGGUGAUCCCGCCCUCGGUUCAGGAGAUAUACCUCGAAAAAAUGCAGAUAGAGUGCUCUUCCGAGCUGCGCUAUCCGCCACCUGGAGAAAUCCAGCAUGAGGGAAACAGAUGGCGAACAUUUGACCCGAACCCGAACAUAAUCGCCGCUAAGCACAAGAAAACAACGGUACAGAACAUUUCGCGCGAUGACAACCGCUUCAUCCGGCACUUCGUAGAAGACCUGGAACGCUACGGCAUUGUCAGUCUCGUUCCUGAGUACGAAGAACCGCAAACUAGACCCAUCAUUGUACAAGGCGCAGACGGUGCACCAGACCUAUACUUUCCAUAUCAAGAAGAUGCCACAAAGGCCGAAGGCGAGCGAGCACCAACACUCCAUCUCCCACCGCGAACAUGCCUGUCAGAUUUUGCGCAAGCGUACCGAAAAAAGCACCCAAAUUCCAUCAUAGCAAAAGGCUCCAUCCAAACACACUACUGCGCCUGGCCAAUGCCCGCGAUCAAAAGCCUAGGUAAAACCGGACUCAACUUUGCCACAUGGGAAGGCCACGUCUAUCGCUGGAACGCAAUGCCAUUCGACCGCCCUUCCUCGGCAAAUGCCUGGCAAUAUUACAUCCAGCACUUCCUCAACUCCAAGUAUCCCUUCGUCAUGUUCCACCUCACCACAUUUGUCAUUUGCGCCACGGACCAAGACGAUGCUGAGCGAAAGAUGGUCAUGCUGCUGGAUGAGAUGGAAGAUAGGGGGUGGCGGGUUACGCUGCCGAGACCGCAUGAGUGGACGGGGGAUGUGGAGGGGCUUGGGUUGGAUAUUUUGUAUAAUGGGAUUAAACCGGCGUAG